AGCAGUCGCAGCGUUCACUUCGUGACUGCCACGGGAAAUAGAGCAUCGAGAGAGUCGACUCGAGUCUACUUGCCUUGUGGCUCUGCCAACUGUCGAGGCUCAACCACCCGCACACACGUAGACACAAAUGCCAGCGGAUUGGCCAGCUGUUAGUCGAGCAAGCGAGUGAUUGAUUUUUCGCAUCAGCAACUCGAGCACAGUGGAAAGUGUGGCAUAGGUGAAAGUGGCAACUGCGCCCAACUGGCCCCAGCCACACAUAUGGACAUGAGUGCCACGCUGGCCGAAGGUCAGCAGCCAGCCAGCAGCAACAGCAGCAACAGCAGCACUGCCAGCUGUGACAAUCUACAGCAGUUGGCAGCAAAGGUGGCAAGUGCAACUGGAACAGCAACAGUCAAUGAGGACGUGGAAUGCGCUGAGAGUCCAGCAUAUCCAGAGGCUGAUCAGGACGCAGACGCAUUUGCCGAGGACGAGGCGCAACCGUUGAGCGAACGCUGGUCGCCGUUGGGCGCAAAUUAUGAUGAUGCCAACAGCGCCAGCUCCGAGCUGAUAACGAGCGGCGACUGUGAACUGAAGCCAACGAUGCUCAAUCAGGAGCUGGAGAAGCAGCCACCAGCAGCGGUGGCAGCGAACGAGGAGAGCGCCAGCGAAUUGGCACGUUUGCGCAGCAUUGAGGAGGAGCAGGAAAUGUUGACCAGCUCACUGUUGGCAUUGACAUCGCAGUUUGCGCACGUCCAGCUGCGCGUGCGACAGAUUGUGGAGGCGCCCACUGAUGAGCGGGAUCAGCUGCUGCGUGAUCUGGAGGAUUUUGCCUUUCAGGGCAUACCGGAGGUGCCACUACCAGCUACCAAAACUGACAACGACAAUGAUGAAACGCAGCAGGCGGCUCCGCCAAAUGGCCAGCUGAUCGAGAAGCUGAAGUCGCAGUUAACGGAGCUGGAGCAGUUCGCCUAUGAUUCGGGUGCACCCGGAGUGCUGCCGCAGCAUGUGCUGCUCGAGAAGCAAAAGUUCAUACUGGACGAGCUGCGCACGAAGCUCAAUCUGCAAGUGGAGCAACAUCAGCUGCCCGCUCUCAGCACCGAGGAGCUGCGCCAUCAGGUGGACAAUGCGAUCGGCGAGUUUGUGGGUCCGCUCAAAAUGAAGGAACAGCUGGUGGCACAGCUUAAAACCCAAAUUACCGAUCUGGAGCGUUUUAUAGCCUUUCUGCAGUGCGACACCGCUGGUGGCACGGGCGGCACCACCAGCGCCAGCGAAAAGUUGAAGCUGCUUAGCGGCGCCUACAACAGCUAUGCUGCGAAGCAGACGGCUAGGCAGGCGCCUGGUCAGCUGCCCGUGGUGGCAACCACAUCGACAACAACAACAACCAAUAGCAGCAGCAGCAAUAUGAGAGCGACAGGAGCAUCGUCAUCAUCAUCAUCCAACUCCAAUGCGGAGCAUGGACCACAACGGGAAAGCCUGCACAGCAAGGCGCAUGGAUUGCUCGACAAGGCAUCGCUACUGAUGCAGAUGUUUGCGACCACGCACUUUGCCAAGCGCCAAGCGGACUUUCAGCAGAACUCUCUAAAGAAGACGCACAAGGGCAACCAUUGGGGGGAUCUGCGCGCGCAGCUGGAGGUGGAUAUCCAGGAGGUGGCCGCAUUGGCAGCCACAUUAAGCUGCGAUCGAGAAAAGUUGGCCAACAUCAAGCGAGCUCUACGCCAGCAACGGGAACAGCAGGCGACCAAUGCCAAUAAGCCAAGCGUCUCGGUUGAUGCGCAGAAUGGAGCAUUAAUCACUUUGCCGCCACGAUGCAGGCGUGCGGCUGUCAACAGCGCCGGCCACGAGCUGACGCCCUAUGCCGCAAGCGCAGCCACAGCCUCAUCGGAUUCGGAUGAGGAUAUGUACGAGCGCUACGAUUGGGACACGGACAAGUCUCUGGGACGGCGCAUUGUGCAUAUGCGUGGCGACUCCAUAGCCACCAUUGGCCGCGAGUUGACCAAUGUGGUGCGCAAAAACUUUGCGCGCACAUUGCAGCAGCUCAUCCAGCACGGGCUGCGCCUACCAGCCGAAUCGGCGGCGUCCAGUCUGAUGGUGCCAUUCAUGCGUUGCCUGCAGCCGGGCGCACAGCGUGUGGCGGCGGGUGCGGCAGCAGAGAUGCAGUUCCUUGGCAUUGGUCGUAGCAUGCACGCCUGGGAGCUGAUACUGGAGUACUACAAUCUGAAGCAUGGCGAGGAGUACAACAAUACGCCGGCCAGGAAGCUAUCGCAGAGCUUCCAACUGGACAUUGUGGACGCGCAGGCGGUGACAGCCAAGCAGAGUCUGCUGAGCGCCAUCGGCAUGAUCCUGGCCAUGCAUCGGCCCUACAAGCGCAGCUACAAUGCCCACUUCAAGGCUCUCAUCUGUGCCGGACUCAACGCACAUCUCUUGGUGGAGUGGCUCAAUCUGAUACUCAGCUGCAACGAGCUAAUCGAUACAUACUACACGUCCAACAGCUAUGUGGCAUGCACGGGCUUCCGCGACUCGUUGCGCUCAAUUGAUGCACUGUCCAAGUUUGACUUCGAUUUGCCCGUGGAUCUGGCCAUACGGCAUUUUCGCAAUAUAUAAAUGAAAUCGUUCGAUCGAUUGG